UAAGUGGCUCGUAUUUAUUUCAAUUAUCUCAUUGAUUUCAUUUUCUAAAUAAUGAUAACAUCACUAGAAGCAGUGCUUAACAAACAAAUUUAUGGGGAUGCUGCAAAAUACUCUAGAAAUAACAAUUUUCAACUCCAUUAUGGCAAAAAGCUUGCAAUAACACUUGGCAUUCAACAAGGCGAUAAAAUUUUGGAUAUGGGUUGCGGAACGGGAGAGCUGACCUCGUUUAUUGGGGAGAUUGUAGGAAAAAAAGGUCGAGUUGUCGGUGUUGAUCCAGACAUGGAAAGAAUUCACCACGCUAUUCAGCACAAUUAUAAAGUGAAUGGAAACGUUUCAUUUGAAAUUGGCGAUAGUUCAAGUGAAUUUUUACAACAAAACAAAUCCUUUUACGAUGUUCAUUUCAGUAAUUUUUCCUUUCAUUGGCUUACAUCAGAUGAAAAGAAAGAGUUUUUGCAAGCGGCUUUUGAAUGUCUGAAGCCAAGGGGCAAACUAGCUCUUCAGAGUCAUGACGGUUAUCCGGAAAUGGUUGCCUAUGUGGAAUGCCUUGUCUCAAAGAGACAGAACGCUUUGAAUGAUAUCAAUGAUAAGAAACCGAUUCAUUUUUUUAUGUCUAAAGCUGAAACCACAUCCCUUAUUGAGGAAAUGGGCUUUGAAAUCAUUUCAAGUAAUUAUGAUAUUGGAAAACAACGUUAUGAAACACUAGACGAUUUCCUUAACUUUUUUGGCGCUUCUCAUUAUCACGCUACAAACUUCUCCAACAGUGAAAGAAAAGAAUUUAUGGCACGUUUCGGCAACGGAGAUGGCAGUGUGGAUCUUGUUGACCAAAAAGUUUACCAGAUUGUUGCAAGGAAAGACUGCAGAAGCGAUUAAAGAGCAAUUUUCAUAUCAGGAGACGACUGCGAAAGCUGUUAAAAAUUGAUUUUAAUAUUUCAGUUGCUUCCUCGUUCUUAAUUUUAAGAUAUUUAUGGUUAUUAACAACGUUAUUUUAAAAGCAGGCAAAUUAAGCAACUGUAUUCCUGAUGAUUGUAAAUUAGGUGUCCAGGAAAGUACAAAGUAUAGCGUCAAGUAAUUAAUUCGACUAUAGAAUGUUUAGUAAAAACAAAAAAUAAUAGGAAUGCCAAUAAUUUCGCAAUUAAAAGCAAUUGGACUUUGUCUCAUAUCUAAA